CCCAUUUUCAUUUGCUUAUUCAAAAUAGUUUCUCACUCCUAUAAUUCUCCAUCUUCUUCCUCACUAGUUCGAACACCACCAUUAGAGACGAUUCAUGCUUCGCCCAAACAACCAUUUUUUUGCAAUUUAAAAGUUCUUAUUUCUUUACUAUUUCCUUACUCAUCUUCACUCACUCCCCUCUGCGAAAAUCUUCAAUAUAUUUACUCCAAUAUCGGCCUGCAUUGAGUUACUCCAAUUUCCAAUCUUUACUUUCAUUCAUUCACUGUUUUCUCUUCAAUCCCAUAUUCUCUCCUGUAAAUCCCUUCAACAAUGGCGGUUCUUCAUCACCUAAUCAAAUCCAAACCCCUCACGACCCUCCUUCGCCCAAUUUCAACCCCAACCCACCACCAUUUCUCCACCGAUUCCUCCAAAACCCUAACAAUCGAAACCAGCGUACCUUACAAAUCUCACAUCGUCGAACCUCCACCUACCUCCAUCGAUACAUCAUCCUCCGAACUUAUGAAUUUUUUCCGUGAUAUGGCUCUUAUGCGUCGUAUGGAGAUCGCAUCCGAUUCUCUUUACAAAGCGAAAUUAAUUCGAGGUUUUUGCCAUCUUUACGAUGGUCAAGAAGCUGUUGCGGUUGGUAUGGAGGCCGCAAUCACGAAAAAAGAUAGUGUAAUUACGGCGUAUAGGGAUCAUUGUAUAUAUCUUGCUCGUGGAGGAACUCUUCUCGGUGCGUUUGCGGAAUUGAUGGGGAGACAAGAUGGGUGUUCGAGAGGGAAAGGUGGGUCGAUGCAUUUUUAUAAAAAGGAUUCUGGGUUUUUUGGUGGGCAUGGAAUUGUUGGUGCUCAAGUUCCGUUGGGUAUUGGACUUGCUUUUGCUCAUAAGUAUAAUAAGGAGGAUAAUGUGAGUUUUUCAAUGUAUGGUGAUGGUGCUGCUAACCAAGGACAGUUGUUUGAAGCGUUGAAUAUGGCUGCACUUUGGGAUCUACCUGCUAUUUUGGUUUGUGAGAAUAAUCAUUAUGGUAUGGGAACCGCAGAGUGGAGGGCUGCAAAGAGCCCAGCUUAUUACAAACGUGGGGAUUAUGUUCCUGGAUUGAAGGUUGACGGUAUGGAUGUAUUGGCCGUAAAGCAAGCUUGCAAGUUUGCAAAGGAAUAUGUUUUGAAGAAUGGGCCUAUUAUCCUUGAGAUGGACACUUAUAGGUAUCAUGGGCACUCCAUGUCUGAUCCUGGAAGCACUUACCGAACACGUGAUGAGAUAUCUGGAAUAAGACAAGAACGAGACCCUAUUGAGAGGGUUAGAAAGUUGAUAUUAGCUCAUGAUAUUGCCACUGAAAAGGAGCUGAAGGAUAUUGAAAAGGAUGUUAGAAAAGAAGUAGAUGAAGCUAUUGCUAAGGCUAAAGAGAGUCCCAUGCCGGAUUCCUCAGAGCUUUUUACAAACAUCUAUGUGAAAGGUUAUGGGGUAGAGGUAAAUUUUAAAAACAGUUCCUUCAAUUUACAUUUUGUCUUCUUUGUUGGCACUCAACUUAUCUACUUGCUUUAUUGGUUUUAAAUGUAGUUUUUGUUCUCAAAGGUCAUUGCUAACCAUCAUUUCUCUAGUAAUUAGUGACUACUUGAAUGUUAUAUUCAUUCUUUAGAGAAAAAGCUAGUUUCGAGAGAAGAGAUACUUUGGUUGAGUGUGAAGAUUAACUCAAAAGUGGAUUUACCAUAUAAUAAAAUUGAUUAAUGCCCUAUAGUGUGGUUUAUGAUUUUGAAUGGUGAUUUGGAUUUAUUUUGUAUGGAAAAUAGUAGGUUCUUGCCUACUUGGUGAUCCUAUAAGUCUUCAAUGGGUAUUGGAAUAAAGAUUCCUGAGAUACCUCAUUCAUUAAUGAUCAUUUAAUUCAGUGCACUUUAUGCCUGAAGCUUUUGAAAUAUAUGUUGGCAGGAAUAUUAUUGUCUUAUUGUCUGAAUUAUCUUUCUUUCUAGACAGUUUUUUUUGACUUGAUGGUCAGGUUGAUGCUGUGGUUAUUUUAAGGAUGGAGUUCAUAUAUGACCAUGCCAUGAACUAUUGGCUUGCAAACUAGGGGGAAAAUAACAUUUUUAGUGCAGGAGUGAAUCUGGAUUUAGAUUCUGUACGGAGCCAGUCCAUGGAUUGCAUCCUCAAAGAACAUACCAAUUAUUACCAAAUGAUUUAAGUUGAAAACCUUCCUACUAAAUUUUAUAAAAUCCAACUCGUGAGCAAUAGGCUGUCCGAUUCUGUAAACACUAGAGAUGUGUAGAUCCCUAGUAAAAUAGAAUAGCUGUAGUCAGAGAAGAGGCGUUGACUGUAUCAGGGGUAACUGAUGUAAGGUACAAAUAACACAAGUGAUAUUCCACUGUCAGGAGUCUUCAUCUAUUGUUUCAGGUCUGUACAGAUUUUAUUGAAAAACAACCCAGGCAAUAAACAAACACAUUGGGCUUGCAUAGGCUGAGCUCUUCAUAGAGUUUUGAGCAUGAUGAUUAUAUGGAGCCACCCACCUUCCAUAAUCUCUAGAUAUGUUAUUACAUUCCUAAGCAUGUAGGACAUCAAUAACCAAGUGUCUAAGUCUUGAUGUAAUAAUUGUACUCAUUUAUUCGCCGACCUUCUAGAAACUCUAGAUCUGCUUUUACUGGUCAAGAGCAUGUGUGGCUUGAAAAUAACAAUCUUGUUAGAUAGUGUGAUUCUUAGAUUUAGACCACCCAUACACCAGGGAGAAUAAAGAUUUUCUAGUCCAUGGACACUUUCCGCUCAAGAUCUCUAGUGCUUUUUGUUUGCUUUGAGAAGUUUCUUAGACACGCUAAAUAAAUAGCACUGGACAGUGAGUGCCAUAGGAGAUAAUGAGGUGCUUCAAGAGUGGAUGCUUGUUGUACUUGCUUGAUGAGAAGUCAAGGAACUACUCAAACAAUUACUGAAUAGAGAUCAAAUUGACCUGCAAAAUUCAGAAUGGGUAAUAUAUGGUAUCAUGCUUAGGAUGAUAGGUAAAUCAGGAUUCUGUAGAAUUUGAUCUAAUUGCUAGGGAGUUAUUCCGUAAUCACUGCAAAUUCGCUAGUUGAUAAAGGGCCAACUUGCCUUAAUCCUUCCCUUGCUGAAGAAUCAUUAAAUGUUUAAACUUGCUUUGAUAAGGGUGGAAUGGGAGACUCAAGUCACACAAGUCAUUACAAUUUGAUGAAAGCCCUAGGAAAUCCCAACUAAGAUAUUAUGUGAUAAAAUAGGCCAUUCAAGAGAUGAGUUUGUUCUAGAAUAGCCUUUAAUUAAUCAGUAGCUAUUAUAAUGCUAUUAUAUGUCUCCAAAGACGAGAUGGUAAAUUGGUAAUAUCUAUAAAUCACUGAGCUCUAUGAGCAAGAAUUUUAUACAUAUGUAUGAUUUAUACCAAAUGAAGUGUUAAGAUACUUGGGCUGUAGAUUGAUAGAGGCACAACUCACUAGCAGAACACUAGGCUUAUAGAAGCUAAAUAUAACCAUCAAAUGCAUUAGCUUUGAUCAGGCUCCAUGCUUGAAGAAGAUAGCAUUAAAACCAUCGAAACCUGAACGCUAUACUCAAUAGUAAAGCGUAUAGCCCAUCAACUCUUGUGUGGCGACACGAGUAACGUAGAUGUUAGACUAUAUGGUUUAAUAUUGGUAUGUAUCCUGACAUCAGAGGGUUUCUAUUAAAAGAAAUGUUAAAAAUGUUCCAUAUAUUCAAAAUGUCAUGCUGGAAGCUUAUCGUUGAAGCUGAGUGCAAAAAUGAGGAAAAGAGGCAUUGCGAUGGUGGGGGAAAGUUUUAUCCUGAGAGCACUUGUUUAGGAAAAGUGCAAUGCGCAUUUAGUGGGCUCCAGUAUCUUGUUGGUGAAAACUGUCAGCAUCAUGGUGAUGAUACAUGGAUGAGAAACUUCUAAAGCUACUUGUUUGAGGAAGUAAGAUGACGAUAGAGUUUAUCUAGUUAUGCACACAAAUGAUUUGAUUAGGGUAAACCAUGAAGGUGAUAAUAUGCAUCUGGAAAAGAUUGAUUGAGCUUUGUGGUGCGUCAUGGAGGUGAGUCUUCAAAUUGAAUCCUCUUGGACGUGUAGAAGUGAGGAGCAAGGAGUGAAGACCUGGUUAAGAUGAUUGAUGGAGCAGGGAAAGAGAGCAUGUACAAACGACAAGCUGGUGUUGGACAAGUAGGGUUUGAUUUUAUUGUUAAGUGUUUACUAUCUCUGCCUCUUUUACAUGCAGUGAUGUAUGUAAACUAUAUUGUACAUUAUGGUACCAAAGUGGCUGACAGUUUUAGUAGGAUGAUUGAUAUUCGGAAAAUUUUCUUUGAAGCAAUUAAAUUGGUUAUAAAUUCAGGAACAGAACACAAGUUUGUGAAGAUAAGAAGAUUAGCUGUAUACUUAUACUAUGUUGUAUUAAAUUUUCUAUGUAUGUUUGUGAUCAGGAUCUGCUAUUAAUUAAAGCUAGAGAAGCGUGCAAGUUUGGAUGAUGAAUAUAAGCAUCUUGUUUUUUAUUUCCCCUUUUUUUUGUUUUUAUUGUUACCCAAUUAGCCGACUCUAUAUAGUUGGGAUGAAGGUUUCGGCAUUGUUGUGCUUGACACAAUCUUGUGGUUGAUGUUGCUGGAGAAGCACAAUUUUUAAGUUAUUAAAUAUAAGCUAGUUUAAAAGAGUUGAGAGGUUCAGCAAAGGAGCAUGGGUAAACAUUGUGAAUAGUGAUGAAUAUGGAGCUGUCUGCUGAUUACGGUCAUUGGCCCUUCACCCGUAGAAAGUGGUUUUGAUCUUGAUUCUUCCCUAUCAAACAAACUGAAGAAAUAGCAGAAAGAUUUUGCAGAAAUCUGUCUGUCUUAGAACUGCUGAUGUCUACACUUGAACAAACGAAAGAAAAAAGUCUAAAAUAUAGAACUGCUGAUGCUGUGCUUUUAUACACCUAAAAACUAUUACUAAUUUACCCGUGUUUUCUUUUGCAGUCAUUCGGCCCCGACAGAAAAA